AUGGCUAGCCCUUACCCGCCAAUUUCUAUAGGAGGCCCUGGUGGCGACUACCGCUACCGUCCUUCGAACCUCGACGACGUCGAAAAUGUUGAAAACUACGUCGAAGGAGUCUACCAUCCCGUCUCUAUUGGCGACACCCUCGCCAACGGCCGCUAUAAACUCAUUCACAAGCUGGGCUUUGGCGGUUCCUCCACCGUAUGGCUUGCUCGGGACCAACAACCAGAUUCUACCACUCCAGACGCGGCCAGCUUGGUGGCGCUGAAAGUCAUGGCCGCGCAUUUUUCAGACAGGCCCCCUUCGGCAAUGCAGGAGCUUCUCGUUCCUGAGAAACUGCACGCCUUGUUUUCCGAGUCUCGUCAUCCCGUAAAAGACCACAUCCACCGUAUCCACAGGCAUUUCACCGAAACUGGACCCAACGGGACGCAUCUCUGCUUGGUGGCGCCCUUUUGUGGCCCGAGUCUCCUUGCUGUUGCCGAUAACCUCUCGUAUCGGUACCACAGGAGAAUCGAAGGGCGCGUUGCACGACGGUUGGCGAAACAAGCUGCACUCGUCAUCGAGCGCAUGCAUAGUGCCGGCAUGGUCCAUGGAGGUUCGUGCUUUGACGUCUCUGUGCGACCUAUCCUCACCCAGUGUCUGUUUCGCAACUUUACAGAUAUCACCACGUCAAAUAUGCUGUUCAGGCUCAAAGAAAGCGUGCAGGCCAUGUCAGACGACGCGAUCUGCGCACAGCUCGGAGAACCCGUUACGGAGGAGGUGAUCACUGCAAGUGGCGAUCCUCCAGGGCCUGACGCGCCCCGUGAACUGGUGGAAUCAAUCCAAGCUUCCCGCUUUAUAGAAUUCUCCUUGGUGCAUGACAGCAUCCUUGUCUCAGACUUUGGGCAGUCCUUCCUCGUUGACGCCAUGCCCGAAGAUUACCAUCCAGCCACGACCAUCCACUGCACCCCUCCGGAAGUCCGCUUCGAUCAAACCAUUUCCUUCGCCUCCGACGUUUGGAUGCUCGCUUGCACCUUGUUCGAGAUCCGCGCUGGAUUCUCUCUCUUCGACUCAUUCCUCAGAAGCGAGAAUCUCGUGUGGAGGCAGGCGGUCGAGAUGCUAGGCAAGCUACCAGAUCCCUGGUGGAACCAGUGGGACGCUCGCAAAGUUUGGUUUGCCGAGUCCGACGGAGAACCCAAACCGGAGGAGGUCCAGAAGGAGGAGGGCGUUCUGCUGGUUGCGCGCAAGUGCACCAUUCGUGACAAGCUGGAGCUCAUCGGCAAGAAGGAGGAGCCUCCUCGAGGAAAGGAUUGGCCGAUGACGGAACCGGAUGAGACGGUCAUGGAGGAGGAGGAAAUCAAGCUACUCCAGGAUCUGCUGCAAAAGAUGCUCAGGUACCGUCCGGAGGAGCGGAUUAGCAUGGCGGAGGUGAUUCAACAUCCUUGGUUUAAUUAUAAAGACUAG